GCUAGCACCUGCUGUUACUCAGCGGGCUGUCAAGCGGGCCCCAUCCCGCGUGCGUGUUGCACAUACGAGGGCCGAAACCAGUGUUGCCAAGCACUCACACGCCCCGUGCUUCUCCGCCAUUGUUUCUCUGGCAAGCCGCAUCCCCGCAACCACGCAUUCUCGCCAACUUCGCACAGCAGCGUCGGAGUCUUGAAGCUGUCCAAGUCCCCGAACCGGCCUUUGAUCGAGAGCAAAACGACGAGCAAGAUGGAGAGCGCAGUGGGCUAUAUAAGCUGUGCUGAAUCGUCUCCUGUCAGCCUUUCCUGUCGCCACCAUCAUCACCACUAUCAUCAACACCAACCGCCACCAUCAUCACCACACAUCAACACCAACCCUAGUCACCGCCACCCAAAAUAGCAACAACCCCCUUUCCAGCUUCAACCUUUGAACUAACCCCAUAACCACCCCAAUCUCUCAUCUCACCUUCAACCCAAACUCCAACCCAUAAUCAACAAACAUGGCCCCUCUCGUGUGGCUCGUGACCGGCACGACUUCUGGCAUCGGCCGGGCGCUGAUCGAGCACAUCGUAGCGCGCGGCGACAAGGUGAUCGCGUCUGGGCGGCGGGUCGAGGAGAAGCUGGGCGCGCUGAAAUCGGAGUCGCUCGCACUCCUAGAACUCGACAUCACGGCGGGGCGCGCGGCCAUCGCCGCCAAGAUGGCCGAGGCGUGGGCCGUGUUCGGCCACAUCGAUGUCUUGCUCAACAACGCCGGCGCGUCGGCCAUGUGCAGCGCCGAGGAGGCGACUGAUGAGUACAUCGACAAGCUGUUCGCAGUCAACCUGUUCGGGCCGAUGCACGUGACGCAGGCGCUGCUGCCGUAUCUGCGCGAGCGCGCGGCCAGCGUGCCGACCUCGUCGCCGCGCAUCGGCUUCACGUCGUCCUCCACAGCGUGGACAUCGCUGCCGUUCCUGUCACACUACGCGGCGUCCAAGGCGGCGCUCAGCGCGUACGUGGAGGCGCUGGACAAGGAGGUGUCCUCCCUCGGGAUCCGGUGCGCGGCGUUCGAGUGCGGCGGGUUCCCGACGCACCUGGGGCAGCCGCGGGCGGACGGCGACGCGGCGUUCGGCGGGCAGGGCGGCACGGCGCUGCCGGCGGUGUACGGGCCGGGCCUGGCGGCGCUGGGCGGCAUGUUCAUGUCGGACCCGAUGGCGUUCAUGCCUGGCGCGCUCGAGAAAGUGGCGCCGCUGAUCGUCGACGUGCUCAAGCGCGACGGCGCCGAGUUGGUCGCUGGCAAGCCGUGGGCCGUGCGCGUGUGGUUCGGGUCCGACGCCUACGCGUCCGUCAAGCAGAAGUGCGACGAGGUCUUGGUCUUGCUUGACGAGUUCAAGGACGUCGCCUACGCCACGGACAGAGACGGCUACGACCAUGUCACGCGCCCCGAGUACCUCAAGGCUACGUCGAUCCUCGAGAAGUAGUGACGGGUUUGCACGCUCUAAGGGGGCAUUGGCUUCAGUGCUGGGAUGGAUGCAUAUCGCGAGCGGUUUUAUUUUUCUACCUCAUUUAUAGCUUGGAUCGACCAGGUUCGGGUCAGUAAUAAAGGCAGCGCAUAAUUAAUAGAGGUGGACGAGAGACGCAUUGGGACGGAAAAAGGCGAUUCUAUCAUAUUUACAAAAUCAAUGCACCAGUUACCGACU